UUAUUUUGUACUAUUAUGAAUGCAUGACUUAGUAAAUACUUAUUUUAUUUUCAUUGUGCAGUUAUAGUUUAUCUUAUCAGUGAUAUCCAGACAGUCAUUUUUGAGACAUUGUACUAAAAUUAAACAUAAUGAAGAAUCAGCUGAAGUAUAACUUAGAUUUAGUUUAAAUACGUGAAUCCUGCAUACAUCUUGGCAUAAUGGGUCUCAGUUGUGUCUUUGCUGCCUCGUUCAACAGUGGAAAAGUAGGCCACUUGUAUAAAACGAGAACCCUGACACAAUCAUUUUUCCCACAAUGAAAACGUGCCUUUCAAAUCUUCAUCUAUCACCCAAGAUACUUGAAUCAUAGGAUAAUUGAUAUUAUCCUCAGCAGUACCAUUCACAAUCUGUCCCUUUCAUUCAGAUGUUUUUGCUUCAGGUUGGUGUCUGCUGCUGUUGUGAUGAAGACAGACUGAGGAGGAGGAGGAGGAGGAGAAAGUUUAGAGUGGGAGGCAGAAAAGUCAAAGAUGCAGUCAGAUGCGCAACUUUUUUUUUUGUGAAUGAAAGGAGAGAAGGGGGUCUGCUCUGUCCCGGACAGGCGCUGAUCUCGCCUGCUGGGGCCGGCGUGCCACCGGACGCUCUGGGCCAUGACCUUGGGCGGCAAACUCAUGGACGGGUCGAUCACUGACGUUGGGGGACAGACAGACGUGAAGAAGACAUCUUUCUCAGUGUUUAAUGAGAGCAAUGUCGACUUUGAGCAGAGCGCGUCAUCCCUCGCUCCUGCAGACCGGGAGGAGGGAGACUUCACGGUCCGGCUACAGGAGGGUCCGGGCAGGAGAACCGCCUUUGUGAAGCCCCCGUACUCCUACAUCGCUCUCAUCACCAUGGCCAUCCUCCAGAGCCCGAAGAAGAGACUCACUCUCAGUGAGAUUUGUGAUUUCAUCAGCCAGCGCUUUGCGUAUUAUCGGGAGAAGUUCCCUGCGUGGCAAAACUCAAUCCGCCACAACUUGUCUCUGAAUGACUGCUUUGUCAAAAUGCCCCGGGAGCCCGGGAAUCCUGGGAAAGGGAAUUAUUGGACCCUGGAUCCCAUGUCGGCCGAUAUGUUUGAAAACGGGAGUUUCCUUCGGCGGAGGAAACGCUUCAAGAGGCAGCAUUUCUGUGUGGGCGCGCUGAAGGACUCCAGGGCGCAGGAGCGCAGCCUGAUGCCCGUCUUCCCGCUGCUCGGUGCGCACAGCGCGGGUCCUGAUUUAUACCACGACCUGGACAUAAGGAGCCGUUUGGGCUCCCAGUGUAUCGCACCUGUGAACAGCAUCAUACCUGCGCUCUCCUCGCUCCUCUCCAAGAAUUUCCCCUCUCGUCUUACAUUUGAACAUUUCGACCCGGGUCGCUGCGCCGCCGUCCCAUCUUUGGCCCCCGGCUCCUCGUUCAUGUCUCCCGUGUCGCUGCACGGAAUGAUUCCCAACUACCAUCACGUCUCCCACGUGUCCGGUUUCCCCGCUGGGAUCAUAAAAGUUUCGUCGAAUUCAAUUUGAUUUUUGAAGACGAAUUUACGGGAAUCUCAGAAUAAACUCACAUGGUACAGAAUGUAAAAGGUACGACAGUUUUUAAAGACGGCCUAAACCUGCGGACAGGCCGCCAUAUUUAGCGAGUUGUUUUCUUGAAGCAGAUGUUUUUUGGAUACGUGAUAUUUUACAGUGUUUUAAUAUGUUUGCAAUAAAACGUGAAUGAAUUUUAAAAAUCUGUGCAAUUUGAAUAAAAUAUGACGGGGUUUAUAAUUAUCAGACAUCAUCAAAUAAAAGUUACAUUUCUUUUAGAUUAUUGAUUUACUGUUUUAGGCCGACAUAUUUCUGUCUUGUUCUGACGGAAUUUGAGACGAGACAUCAGUGAAACGUGAAUUAAAGCGCAACACAAUGAAUAUUAAAGAAUCACAAAAGGAUCAAUAUCCUUUACAUAAUUGACUAAUUAUAGGGUGACAGGUUAAGAGCUGAGAGAGAGAUGGAGCUUUGUGUGGCAAAAUGUGGGGCCGUUUAUUUUGUAAGAUUAGAACGAUGGGGAAAAAAAAUAGCCUAAAUAAUGAAUUAAAAAUAAUUAAACCGACGUGAAAACACUUAACAAGUUACAUGUCCCUCAUAUCUCUGACUGUCUGGCUUUACAGAGAAAAGGAAAUUGUUCAGAUGUCAUGACAUCGCUGUUUAUUGUGAUUUGAGAAAAUAUCUGAGCACCAGCACAUUAUCUUUCUUCCUUCCUUUGUUAUUGACCCUGUGUGUGUGUGUGUGUGUGUGUGUGUGUGUGU